AUCGGCUCUUAGCUCAACCCAACCGUAGACUUUACAGCCUCAUAGCAGUAGCCAGUAGCAAUACCUUGAGGUUCUCCUUUCUGUCUUGUCAUCUCAUCUCCCGGUUACUUAGGCUCAGAACAUCACAUCAUCAUGGACGCUGCAGGAGACGGGCGGAACGACGCCUUGGCUGAGGGCCGGCGCAUCUACUUAGGCAAUCUCCACUACGUCCUCAAGUCGCAGGACAUUGAGGAGUUUCUGCUCCAGAAUGGCUUCGACGACAUUGAGAACAUCCACGUCUCUGUCGACCCCGUCAGCGCUCGCAACCCGGGCUACUGCUUUGUGGACUUUGCCGAGCGGGCCACCGCUGAGCGAGCUCUGACUGAUCUCAGGGCGAGUCUCCGCGGCCGUGAGGUCAAGGUCGGUCCAUGCGAGCCUAGGAAGAAGCGCAAUGGAGACGGCCGGUCUACCUUCCAGCGCCCGGGUGACUGGAGGUCUUCCUCUGGCGACGAUGGCCAGCAGCAGUUCCAGAGCGAGCCUAGGGAGCAGAGGCCCCGAGGAGGCUUCAACCGCUCUGAGGAGGUGGCCGAUGAGUCUCAGGGAAAGCGACUGUACGUUGGAGGACUGGCCAAGAAUGGGGACCAGGAGCAGAACAACCAGGAGGUGAUGGACAUUUUCACUGGAUUCAACCCCUCAUACAUUGGCAAGCGCAUCACGCCCCAUGAGAGCACUCGCAGCCCCGCUGGAACCUACUACUACUGCUUCGUGGACUUUGAGACCAAGGAAGAGGCCGAGGCCGCCAUGCAGGCCCUGGAUGGUGCCCAGUACGACGGAGGCGUGCUCAAGGUCUCCCUGGCCAAGAGGACGGACAGACAGUCCGCCCGCCCCAAUGCGACAUCAGAUCGCAACAACGGCGGCCAGGGACGCGGAUGGCGAUCCUCCAACACCCCACGAACUGAGGGCGGAGCACCGCCGCCAGCCAGAGCCAUGGGAUCCAACAACUGGCGCCAGAGGACCGCCGAGUAGGUAGCGGACUGGUUGAGUUGAGCGACUGCAGUACGACUGAAAUUUAGAAAUUGGAAAAAGGGAGACUGGCUACCUAUGGACCAGGCAAGGCCACAGUAAUGCUGAUUGAUACAUGAUGUCUGAAUUCUCUUCUUCUGAUGUAUUUGUUUCUUAUCUAUAACAACGACAACAACAAAAAGGUGGAAAAGAGGGAGACGGUCUGUCCUGUCUCGUCUCAUGCCUCUCGUAUUAUAGCAGCAGCGAAAGAAAAUACACGAUGCCACUGCAACUUUUC